CAAAAUGAGCUCCACUCCAACGUCGACGAGUUUUAGGUUCCCGACUUUUUAAUAGGUAACAUUUUAGACACCCUGCCGUUUUAAUGUUGCAUUUAGAAGGCUUACAGCCUAUUCAAGAGUAGGCCUACUAGGUUAUUUGAUAAGCAGUUGCGUUGAAUUGAUGUUUAUUUUAGGUUACCAAUAUCAUUGUUAGGUCACAACAAGUGUCAUGAUGUAUCUUGUGAAGAUUCAAUUGAGAAUGAAUUUGACUGGCUGUGGAUCUAAAUGGUAACUGGCUAUGGAGGGAAGGAGGAACUAGCUGCCUACUCAAACUCAAUCCACAUUGAACUGACGGGAGCAGGGUGAAGGAGCUACGUAAAGUAGACCCGAUUCCAUAGCAACAUAAACAACAACAUAAACAACAACAACAACAACAGCAACCACAAUGGCAGCAGAGACGAGACAGAAGCUGCUGCGCACUGUCAAGAAGGAGGUGAAGCAGAUCAUGGAAGAGGCUGUCACCAGGAAGUUUGUACAUGAAGACAGCAGCCACAUUGUCUCAUUUUGUGCUGCGGUGGAGGCGUGCGUUCUCCAUGGGCUUAAGCGGCGAGCGGCGGGAUUCCUGCGUAGCAACAAGAUAGCAGCGCUCUUCAUGAAGGUGGGGAAGAGCUUCGCCCCGGCAGAGGAGCUGUGCAGAAAGGCUCAGGAGCUGGAACAGAUCACGGAGAGCAAACGGAACCAAAGUUUGCCCAACCAGGAUAGCUUACGGAUACUGUCCAGGCUGCCCAGCCUCAGCCCGCAGGUGGUCAGAAACCUUUGGAUCCGCACGGCCCUCAUCGAGAAGGUGCUGGACAAGAUCGUGCUCUACCUCGUGGAGAACAGCAGUAAAUUCUAUGAAAAAGAGGCCAUUCUGAUGGAUCCGGUGGACGGACCCAUUCUGGCCUCUUUGUUAGUGGGGCCCUGUGCCUUGGAGUACACAAAGAUGAAGACGGCGGACCACUUCUGGACAGACCCCUCGGCCGACGAGCUGGUCCAGAGACACCGCAUCCACAGUGGCCACUGCAGACAGGACUCCCCCACCAAGAGGCCUGCUCUCUGUAUCCAGAAGAGGCAUUCCAGUAACAGCAUGGAGGAGCGGCCCUCACCUUCAGCCCGGGACUACGUGGAAUCCCUGCACCAGAACAACAGAGCCACCCUGCUGUUUGGAAAGAACAACGUGCUGGUGCAGCCGAGGGAUGACAUGGAGGCUAUUCCAGGAUACCUUUCUCUCCACCAGACCGCUCACAUCAUGACGCUGAAGUGGACGCCCAAUCAGCUGAUGAACGGCUCUGUGGGAGACCUGGACUAUGAGCACAGUGUGUACUGGGACUACGCUAUGACCAUACGUCUGGAGGAGAUUGUUUAUUUGCACUGUCAUCAGCAGGUGGACACCGGGGGCACGGUGGUGCUGGUGAGCCAGGACGGCAUCCAGAGACCCCCGCUGCGCUUCCCCAGAGGGGGGCACUUGCUCCAGUUCCUCUCCUGCCUGGAGAACGGCCUCCUGCCCCACGGCCAGCUUGAUCCUCCGCUCUGGUCCCAGAGGGGAAAGGGGAAAGUGUUCCCUAAACUGAGAAACAGGUGUUCACAGGGAUCCUCGGACUCCGUGUCUGAUAAGGAGGAGGACGAGGCCACGGACUAUGUUUUCCGCAUCCUGUUCCCCAACAGCCAAUCAGAGUUUGUGGCCCCAGAGCUGAUGGACCAGGAGGCCAACAUCUGGCAGGCCACAACCAGAAAAUCCUCCUGCUCGUCCUGUACCCAGUGCAGCUUCUCAGACGGAGGGCCUCCCAAUGGGUGCAACCAUGAAAGAGCCCCUUUGAAGCUGCUGUGUGACCAAAUGAAGUAUCAGAUCAUCUCCCGGGCUUUCUAUGGCUGGCUGGCUUAUUGUCGUCACCUGUCUACCGUACGUACACACCUCUCGGCCCUGGUCAACCACACUAUUGUGGCGCCCGACGCGCCCGGCGAUGCCUUAGGGGGCCUCACUGCCGAGGUGUGGCAGAGGUUCCUUCAGGACUGCACCGCCUAUAAGGAGCAGGAGCUGUUGCGCCUGGUCUACUUUGGUGGUGUUGACCCUUCACUGCGUAAGGAGGUGUGGCCCUUCCUCCUGGGCCACUACCAGUUUGGCAUGUCUGAGGAUGACAGGAAAGAGGUGGAUGAGCAGGUGCGGGCGUGCUACGAGCAGACCAUGAGCGAGUGGCUGGGCUGCGAGGCCAUCGUGCGGCAGCGGGAGAAGGAGCAGCACGCUGCGGCACUGGCUAAAUGCUCGUCCAUCUCAGCCAGUGUGGAUAAUCCAAGCACUGUGCAGAGGAUGAUGCACCUUGACUCCAGUGUCAGCAAUGAGUCCUCCCAGAGCUGCAGCUCAGACAGACAGAGCCUGGCUCGCUUGCAGAGUGACUCUGACAGCAGUACCCAGGUGUUUGAGUCUGUGGAGGAAGUGGAACAGAUCGAGACAGAGCCCAAGAGUGAGGAGGCCAAGCCGGUUCCCAAGAUCCCCAAUGGAGGAGGCCUGCCCAACGUGGCCAGCUCCCCAGACUCGGGGCAUCCCUCCUCUCGCAACUUCUCUGUCACCUCGGGCAUGUCAGACCACUCUCUGAGCACAGAGGACAGCACUGUGCCUGACACCAACCCCAAAACCACCAUCAGUACUCCUCCACAGCUGACCCCAGCCCAACAGAUCCCAGUCAAAGUACAUCAGGAAGAGUUGGAAGCAGAUGACCCAAAUGUCCAACCCCUGGCCCUGCAGGAUGAGAAGGACCUCCAGGCCAAGGACAGGCCAGAUAAGGAGGAAAAAGAGAAGGAAGAGAGUGUGACUAAAGUGGCCCAAGGUACUGAGGACACCAAGACAGAAGAUCCAGAGGUAAAAAUGGGGGAAAAUCCAGAGACAGCGGAGGACAAGGCAGCAGACCCAGCUGAGCCAGAGAGCCUGAAAAUAGAAGAAGAGAAGACUUCCAUGACUCUAUCUAGAGAAGAUGAAGUAAGGACCUCUGAAAAGGAAGACAGCAAGUUACCAAAAGCAGAAGUGGAUGCUGUAAAAGGAACAGUGGAGUCCAAAACAAGGGAGCCUAAAGAGCCUGAUGCAGAAGUGAUGAAAAUGUUGGAUGGAGAGCCAACAAUGCAAGUACAUACAGAGGAGAUGCAGUCACUGGAACCUGAGGAGUCAGGAGAAACAAAGGAGAACAAAGGACCAGAACCAGACCAACGCAAAAAUGUAGAAAAGACAGAAACUGAGAAGGGAGUAGAAGCCAAUCAGACUUUGAAAUCUGAAGAGGUAGUCGAAACAAAGGUGUAUAAGACAGUGUCACCAGAAGAGGUUGCAGAGGCAAAAGUGGAGGAGAUAAAAAAAUCAGAGGAAGUGGGAGAAAUAGAGGAGGAGGAGACCAUACUAUCUGAGGCCAAGCUGCCAGAGUCAGAGAAGAAUAAAAGCCCUGUUGCAGAGACCAGCGUGGCAAGAGCAAUGGAUAGCACCACCAGGCUCGAAGAGGCUCUGGCCACCACAGAAUUAGACGAGUCUCUGGCCGUUGAGAUGGAGGAGAUUUCCUCAGCUAAAUUAUCCAUGGCCCUACUGCGGGACAGGAAGAGCCUGUGUGAAAGCUCCGGGGUCGGGGCUGCUCUCUCUGAGGGCUCAGUUCACCAUCUGGAGCUCCGUUUGGAGGAGAAGGAGAAGUGCAAGCCCAGCCCUAAGGGCACAGAGUCCAUCAUGUCUGAGGAGCCUGAGAUGGAGAGCCUCUUCCCUAAAUUUGAUUUCCUGACCGUGGGAGGAGAGCUGAAAAUCUCUCCAGUGCCAUCCAUCGGAACAACUUACUCUCAAGAGCUUUUGGACAUGUACACGAUCAACCUGCAUCGCAUUGAGAAGGAUGUCCAGAGGUGUGACAGGAACUACUGGUACUUUACCCCUGCCAACCUGGAGAAACUGCGCAACAUCAUGUGCAGCUAUAUCUGGCAGCACCUGGAGAUUGGCUAUGUGCAGGGCAUGUGUGACCUGCUAGCUCCCCUCCUUGUCAUUCUGGAUGAUGAGGCCAUGGCCUAUAGCUGUUUCACUGAGCUCAUGAAGAGGAUGAAUCAGAACUUCCCCCACGGCGGGGCCAUGGACACUCACUUUGCCAACAUGCGCUCUCUUAUCCAGAUACUGGAUUCGGAGAUCUUUGAGCUCAUGCACCAAAAUGGCGACUACACCCACUUCUACUUCUGCUACCGAUGGUUCCUUCUAGACUUAAAGCGUGAGCUGGUGUAUGACGAUGUGUUUGCGGUAUGGGAGACCAUCUGGGCAGCGAAGGAUGCCUCCUCCAGCCACUUUGUCCUCUUCAUCGCACUGGCACUGGUGGAGGUCUACAGGGACAUCAUUCUGGAGAACAACAUGGACUUCACCGACAUCAUUAAGUUUUUCAAUGAAAUGGCUGAGCAUCACAACAUCAAGCAGAUCCUGACUUUGGCCCGGGACCUGGUGUGCAAGGUGCAGACUCUCAUUGAAAACAAGUGAUCUCCAGGAGCCGUCCACUUCUCUUCCUUUAUCCUCUUCCAGUUUCUGCUUAAUCUGUCUCAAGGCAUCCCAGUCUGAACAGCUGCAACAGAACAGAUAGAUCAGGGUUGUGUUUAUUAGGCACCAAACUGAAGAAAUGGGACUGAAACAGGCAGGGACUACUUAGACUUGUCCGAUAAGAAAUGAUCAUUUUCCUUCGCCAAAUGUUUUUAAAUGUGCCCUCACAUACUAUUCUCACAUACUCACAUACUAUUCUACACCACAGCCUUCUUCACAGGGUCACCACCAUUGUUCACUACCCUCUCAUCUAUGGUGGCAGGUAACCUAGCGGUUAAAAGUUGACUAGGUGAAAAAUCUGUCGAUGUGCCCUUGAACAAGGCACUUAACCCUUAAUACUGUAAGUAACUCUGGAUAAGAGCGUCUGCUGAAUUACUAAAAUAUCAAAUGUAUGUGAAACCAGCCAGGGUAUACCAUGUAAUGCUAUACCAGUACUUUGUCAUUUCAGGUUUCGUCAUGGAACACCAAGGGAAUGAUGACUUUUACCUCCAGUUAUACUGUCAGUGAAACAGUUUGGUUGACUUUUUAUUAAACUGUGACAAAUAUUUAGUCAUAGGAUUUGUAUGCGGUAUGCCUUGUAGACCUACUGUUGAUUGAAGUGGGGUUAGUAUAUACAAACACAGAGCUGGUUUCAUAGACCUAGAUACAAUUAUUUUACUCAAGAACUGAAUAGCAGUUCAACAUAAAUAUGGACAAUAGAUAGUCCCAGAAUAUUUUAAGAUGUGAAAGUUACCAAGUGCCAUUCAGUACAGGAGUAGGCUUAACCUGGUCCAGUGAAAUGUCCAAAUGUUGGAGUUAAAACUCUUUAACAGACUCCGUCUGGAGCAGUAGUUUACCUGAGUAAAUUAGGUUACAGGUAGUGUACCUACCUACCUGAUGUGCCAAAGGCCAAUGCAAGGAGCAAAUUAGAUCAGCCUAAAUGUUAUACUGUGUUGAAUAAGUAGACUACCUUGCAAGUAACCCUGUCCCAAGUAAGAUGUUACUGAAUGUAGUUUGGUAGGUACUGUAGGUGUUACCUUACAAUCUAUUUUGGAAUUCCUUUAUACCAAAAUUAAGUAAGAUAAUUAGUUGGUUUGCUUAAAGCGGCAAUCAGCAGUUGAAACAAUAAUAAAGCGUAAUAAUACCGUAACCACUCCCCCCCCACCAAACCCGUUUCGCUAAGAGGCUGAGGGAUGGGGCUGGAGAAAUGUAAUCACUCUCAAAUUGAUAGACAGAGCUAUGGAUGGAAGUACUGACCAUCCAUGAUAUCAACAUUCUAGUUUUAACCAUGUUUUGAGGCCAUAUAGUGUUAGUUUAUAUUUACUUUGUUCACAAACAUAUUUUGGGUUCUGAUGGGCUGUGACAGUUAAACUAAGCUCAUGAGGCUUUUAUAAGUUCUAUUUUUCAAAAAUAAAUGGGUGCAUAUCAUUAAUUUACAAGUUUAAAAAAAUUGAUGUAGCAACCUCAGAUUGCCCCUAUGAAGGGUAGAAUGGUUCAUUUUUACAUAAAGACACGAAAAGCCAAGACACAUGUUUUCUUUGCUCUGUGGUUUAAUUAGUUGUGAGAUAGGAAAUCAUUUUAUGGAUUUCUUAAUUCAGGAAAUAAGAACAUCCAGUUUUUUCUCUUCCUUUCAUCUCAGACUAAAUCACCUGUUUCUAUGUCAUCUGUAUUUGCUAAACUCCCAUUGUAGUCAGGUCCUAACAGAGACAUGCCACUGUUCUGCAUACCCUGUGAAUCUGUGUGUAUGGUCAAGACGUGUGGUACUGCACACUGUUGGGAGUCAUUCAUCUGUUGAAACCAUGUCGGCAUUUUAGUAAUGGGCAGUGUUUUGAUUAUUUCCCAUAUUCUGCCUUGUUUGUCUAUUCUAUAUUAUGUCUGUAUAACGUUGUGUGUGAAUUGUACUGUAAGGAGAACUAAACAAAAGAGGCAAAUCUAAUCCUAGUCAAAACUUAUAUUUAUGACUAAGAAAAUCUUGUGAUUUUACAUGUGACUUAUAGUUGUCUAGGCAGAAAUGGAUACAAAAAUCAACAAAAAGCUAUUUAACUGUGCUCUGAUUUCUUAUUCCAUUAUUUAUAUAUUCCAGUCAGCCACUGUGUAUUAUGUACAUUGUGUGGCUUUCUCAGUACCUUGUAUAGUCUUAUGGCAUUUUAGGUUCAUCUGUUUUUUAAAUCAAAUUAAUGUUUUUUUGUUGUUGUUUUGGAUAAGUGCCUGGCCUGGCCACCAAAAAAAAAAUUAUUUGCAGAGAUGAGGAGAACUAAGAAUAGAGUCCAAAGAAUGUCAAAUUCACUCUUGCUUCAAAAGUUGGAAGAUGACGAUGAAUACCAUAUAACAUAGCCCAGGCAUUGUGCUCUGUAACAAUUGCCGCACAUGGUUGCCAAUUCAACAGUUGGGUUGAUGCUUAGAUCUCUGGCCAAUAGGAUGAAGAUGAUAUCGAUAUGAAUCCAUCUAAAAACAGGUGAUUCUAGAAAACAGAUGAAGUAUUAGGGGUGUAUUACUUUAUCUUGACGUAGCCUUGCUGUUGAGAUUUAUGCAAGGGAUUGUGUGCUUUCAUUCCCUUACAUUAAUGCAAAUCGUAAAUGAAUAUAUCUCUUGAAUCCCCAUUCCUGUUUUUCAUUGCCUAGCUAGAACAUCACUUCAGUUUUACCAGUGUUGUUCCAUGAAUGUGUUAACAACUAUUGCCUUGAGUGUUGGUGGUUGUCUGUGAAUGCAAAGUGCUUUAUGUUAGAAUUGUAUUAUCUUGUAACAUGUAUUUACUUGCUAACAUAUUUAUUUAUUCAUUAAGUUUCUGCUUUUGUAUGUAAAGCUAAUAUACUUGAUAUUUUGUGGUCGGUAAUAAACAAAAUAUAUUGAAAAAAAAUCUA